AUGGAUAUCCAGCAGUUGCUACCCUCGCACGCCAUCAGCCUCCACCACGUCAGUCGCCUCAAGCUGUACUCCGAAGCGGGUCGUGACAUUGCCGAGGAUCUCCUCGAGCAGGUUGACUUUGGAGACAGCGGGUUCCAUUUUGAAGCUCUCAAGGAGAUCCGAGACAACGCCGGCACUUCGAAGGUCGCGUGCAGUGGAUGGGGCUGGAUGAGACGGUGGGCUAAAGCCAACGCGAAGAUUGAACUGAUAUCGUCGCUGGUCGCCGACGUGGAACAAUCGGUCACAUCAAGAGUCUUGGAAAAAUUCUCAUUCAUGAUCGGAAUCUCGACCGAACAGUGGAGCGCCGACGCAGCAUCCUCGAGAUCGACAUACGAAAUCGACGUCCUGCGGUCGGCGGAGGCCUGGCGCUAA